AACAUACAUUUCAUCUCUACUACUUAUAAGGUUCCACCUAUACUGUUUUCUAAAUCUCAAAUCUAAUCAGCAUUUGAGGAAUGAAAGAAAUGAUUAUCAUCCGACGAUCACCUUUCUUUGCUUUCUUAGUAUUGCUAAUGAUUGAAUCAGCAGUAGGGUACAAUCUGUCGAAGAGUGGUUGUUCAGACCAUUGUGGGAAUGUCAGCAUUCCAUACCCCUUUGGAAUCGGAACAGGUUGCUACAUGAAAAAAUGGUUUGAGGUCACCUGCAAUGAGUCUCUCACUCCUCCUAGAACUUUCCUAACCAGCGGAAAUAUUGAGGUACUGUAUAUAUCUCUUGUUCCCAGCGUUCUUGGCGUCAAACUACCCACAAUCUCCUACGACGCAGAAUGGAAAACUUUGAAUCUUUCUGGAAGUCCUUUUAAGUCCGUCAGGAGAACGGCCCCCUAUGAGGAAUAUGUUCCAGGCGUGUUAGAAUGGGCGCUUACUGAUGAAGAUGUAUCACAAUUACCACAUUCAAAUGAGAAUGCAUUUAAUUGUUCCCAGUUUAAUAGUACUAAUGAUACCAUUCGUUAUGGUUAUAACAAUUCCUACUUGUUUCUCAUCUAUAAUUUAUCUUUAACGUCCUCAAGCACAAGUCGACAAUGUUUUUGUGCACCUGGAUUUCAAGGCAACCCUUAUCUACCAGAUGGAUGUCACGGACAACGUAAGGAUGUUUCCGCUCAGUAUGAUUUGGCUUGGAGGAAGCUCAUGGGUAAGCCCGCUAUUCAGCUGCCGUUGAUAAAUUAUGCUAUUAAUGCUGACUGUUCUCUAUUUACUGAUAUUGUCAGGAAAGGACAUGCCUUGCAGUUUAAUUGGUUAUUUGAGAAAAAAGCCUUCACCUUGCAUCCAGAUGAUACAUUUUCUGUUGAUUUUGAUAAGGUUGAAGAAGCGGUUGAAAGCUUGAGGAGGAAGAUACUAACGAUACGGCCACAGGGGUACAAGGAAGCUACAAGCUUGCUUCUUCAGAAGCACUGUGUGAUUACAACUCCAUUAAAAGUUGCAUUGCAAAAAUUAGAAUGCACUCAGGUGCCCGUGGAUACAGCUCCCACAUUUCCAGUGGCCCAAAAAUUAUUUGAAUGAAGGCGACCAUCAUACAUUUUACUCCCACCGUGUUACAAAAAGAGCGCCUAAGUGGCAGUAGAGCUAGGCGUUUCUUUUAUUUGUUAGAUUUUUCUGUUUUAUUUUGGCAUUUUUUCAGAAAAAUAAGAACACCUACAACAG